GCCUGAGCUGAAAAAAGAACUAAAUCUCCCGGGCCAAAUUCAUUCCUGGAGUUGCUUGAUUGAACAGAGAGCAUUUACCCUGAGCACAGAUUUGGCUCCUACCUGACUUUGUCAGCAGUCACUGUGCUGUAACUAAGUAACGAGAGCACUGUCGUUAGGGGGUAGAUGAAGAGCUUUCUCUCCGGUUAUUAGAGCACCAAGCACCUUUAAGGAGUGCAGAAAUCUGUGAAAGGAGGAACUGGGGAAAAGGACACCGCUCCUUUUAGAGCCCGUGUCACAGAACUGAUCAGCUAUUCCUGUGAUGUGAUCGAAUGUGACUGAAUACUGCAGGCUCUUGGACUCUUAUUCUGUAAAAUCCACAGGAGAGCAGCACAGGAAGGGAUCGGAGGGAACAGCUUCUGCUAUACUGAGAAAGAUGCUGGAGAGCUCUUCAGCCCCUUUGUUCAUUGUCUUCAUCCUGCUUUUCAUUUUGCUGCUCUUUGUGGUGCUCAUCAGGAGAAACGGCACUGCUGCCCUUAUCUGGAAUGAAAUAAUCCGGGAGAAAGUCACCAAUUUCAUCAUGAACCAGAGCAAAGAGCAGAGGAUUUUAAAUUUCGUGCUGCAGAACGCGGUGCCAGGAGACCCCCAGAGCGUGGUGGACACUAUAGACAAAUACUGCUCCCAGAAGGAGUGGGCCAUGAACGUGGGCAAUGAGAAAGGUUUGAUUUUAGACAAGACAGUGGCAGAGGUGAACCCCUCGGCUGCCCUGGAGCUGGGCUCAUACUGUGGCUACUCAGCAGUGAGGAUUGCCCGGCUCCUCAAGGCAGGGGCUCGGCUGCUCACUGUGGAGUUCAACCCAGAGUUUGCUGCUGUAGCCAGACAGAUGAUUGAGUUUGCUGGAGUACAAGACAAGGUUAAACUCCUAGAAGGCCCUUCACAGGAAAUUAUCCCCCAGCUGAAAAAAAAAUAUGAAGUAGAUACUCUGGAUUUUGUGUUCCUGGACCACUGGAAAGACAGAUACACACCAGACACCAUCCUGCUUCAGGAAUGCAACCUGCUGAGGAAGGGCUCAGUUCUCCUGGCUGACAAUGUCAUUUUCCCAGGAGCUCCAGAUUUCCUGACCUACGUCCGCAAGAGCCCCCAUUUCCAGUGCACUAACUAUCCAUCCCAUCUGGAAUACAUGCAAGUGGAAGAUGCUAUGGAAAAGGCUGUGUUUUUGGGAUAAACAGAACCAUUAAUACUCAACCUUUGUUUCAAAUGAUGUAAAUGCAGCUGCACAGGUUAACUUGUCCAUGCUCUAAUUUUUGGGGAGGGUUUUUUAUUUACUUUUAUUUUGAAGCCUGUAAUUAAAGCAAGUGCUAGUGGAGAUCUUUUUAGACUAGGUGGAAACCAAGACUGGGAGUAAGCAGGGUAACUGCUCUGUGCCAUUGUUCCACAUAAUUCAGCAAACCCAAGGUGAUGCACAUUGCCUUGCCUUGACCAAGACAUCAUCUAACAACAGAGUCUGUUAUUUUGAGCUCAAAGCUGAACCACCACAGUUUGGGCUUAGGGCAAGGUGGAGAAAUACACUGCAACUUCUGAAGACUUGUGUCCCCAAGCUGAACUCAUUAAUGGCUCUCAAGAGUGGAAAAAAGCAGGCAUGUUGCUAAAAAUGACCAUUUCAGGUGCCCUAAUUUCGUUCAGUUACUAUCAUGCCACCUUAAUGCAGUGAAGGCUCCUGUGGUGAUAUCAGAUACUUUUUUGCAUAUUUACUGCAAAAGUUAAUCAUCUCUAUAUGAGAGAAAAGAGCACACACACUGAAAGAUGAAAGACCCAUGCAGUGAUGAGAAAAACAAAACAGAAUUUUGCAAAAUACAAACAAAUAAAAUUAUUAACCUGCCCAUGGAGAUGUAGGGAACACUGAAGUAGUAAACAGAUUAAAAUAAACACAGUAACAGACAGAGAACAAAAGGAGCAGACUCCUCCCAAAAGCAUACAAAACUGUAAUAUCUGACCUUGAGAAAAUGCUGUUUAUCUGCUCAUUAUACUGUAUAUACAUAGGAUGUGAUUUUUAGGGGCAGGGCAAGCUGCUUACUCUGAAGUACUGUGUUAUGUUUAAGGCACUGUAUAAAAAUAAAACCAAGAGAGAAUGGUUUCCCCAGGUGGGUCCUGGUUCACUCAGUGCUGUUAAACCACGGGAACAGUGGGGGUUGUCAUGGAGAAGAUACAAAGCCAAAUCUGAAGUCUCCCACUCACCUGAACAAGGCACCAAUCCAGGGGCAGUUCCCAGCAUGUCCUGCUGUGAUUAUAUAAUAAAGCAACGGUUGUAUUUAUAAAUAAAAAAUAAAAAACAAUAGAGCAGGGACGUGACUUCCAUUGUCUCCCAGGAAUUCUGCACUACACUUGGGAAUUCCAGCCUCAAAACAGCCACAGAAAGAUCCAACAGCUGCAAAUCAGAGUGAAAAUCAGGGAUAACCAUUCUCAUCUUUCCCAGAAUGAAUUCUUCCAGGCCUGUUAGGAGUUUCUUCCUUUCAUAGCCCACCCUCCUGCAGUGGUACCUACCCUGGCCUGGGUGCUGCACAAAAUCCACCUCCAGGACACCAGUGAGGAGCAGAGGAUCACCACACAGUACAGAGGCAAACAGAAAAUAAUCAUCCAGCCCACUUACUGGCAUAGCCAGGUUUCUGGAGCACAUGGGAAAUCUGGAGACAUCACUGACCAGAACAUUUUUCUGUACACCUGAGGUCACAACCCCAAAGAAUCCUCUCUCGUUUCUGGACUUAAACCCCUUUGCACUCCACAGACACUCCUGCCACUGCAGGGCACAUCACCAGAGCCAGGAACAAACCAGCCUCAGGUACCUGCUGAGGGAUGUGUAAGGCUAAGCAGGUGGACUGUUCUGCACUUUACAGGAGAGGAUCAGAAAAGUACAUUCCUACUGCUAGUUAAUGGCCAAAAUUAUUGUCCAAGAGACUGUCAAGCAGAUUAGGGAAGAGGGGAAACUGUAGAGAUAGCAUGGAUACUGCAAAAGAUGCACCAGUGAAUAAUGUGUGUAAUAACGUGGCAAAUAUAACAGCCACCUUUUAGUAUAAAAAUGUAUUUUAAUUCAUUAGAAAGAAUCUCCCACAUGGCAAACUGUAAAAACAAACAGUGUAGGUACUAUCAGAAUAUUCACAGAAUUCCAUAUGUAAGAAAAAUUUUUCCACUUCACCACACUUUUGAAAUGCUCUUAAUUAUUGGUGGCAAGGGAUGAAAAGAAAAAAGCCUGACUCAGUUUGCAUGACUGACAAUUAGAAAAAAGGCUUUUGGUCAGUUGAGCAAAUAUGAUCUGGAGUCACUGACACAUAAAUGUGAAAUCUCCCAGGGAUAAGAAGGACUUUUCAAAAUAAGUCACGCUUUGAAUGCUGGGAGAAGCAAAAGGCAGACAAUGGAUCUUCUAAUUCAAAUACGUUCUUAGAAACUACUGUUACUGCAACAUCAUCUUACUACAGUUAGAAGACACAACCUGUUCUUGCCCAAACCAGGUAUGAAGUUGUGUGUCUGGAGCACGUGUUUAAGGAGUGCCCACUGAGAGUUGAAGGCUCCCAAGGGAAAGAACUCCCCUAAAACAACACAGAGCUUUCAGCAAGUUCUCACAGCUCGUGGCACAAGUCAAAGGCAGCAACUCUCCUGCAUCACAGCCCCCCUGCAGGCAAUCCUUACCCCAACUGACACCGGAGCAAACCCACGGGUUUGUACAGAGCUCCCGCCUCCUCCACCGGCUGAGGAGGUGAAGAGCAGCCCACUGGAGAUUCUGAGCCAUGAGCCAAACACUGAACACAGGGCAGAGAACACACAGAGACCUCCACAAGAGUAGCAGCAGAGCCCUGAGAGCCCAGCUGUCCCCCCGAGGUGACAGCUCCCGGGCAGUGAUGUGUCCUGCUGUGGCUGCAGUCAGUCAGGACUCAGUUCCAAGGGAUCUUACACCACCCUGGGAUUGCUGUGCACACACUGAGCUCAGCACAGCAGUUUCAGCCUUUGCCCUUGUCCCUACACCUCAGUUAACAGCCACACUGCAAAACAACGUCCCGGUUAAAACAUCUCCUCUGUCAGCUCCUACCAUGAGAUUCUGCCAUGGCUGUGCUUCAGCUGCUCAGAGACCUUCCCAGUGAGCCACUGGGGAGGAGACCCUCGGGGACAGAAUAUUCCCCCAAGACACUGCUUAAACCUUAAACAGAUGAGGGCUGUGAUAUUUCUUGCCCAUUGUUACCAGGUUAACCUUUCACCUGCAGGACUCACUGCUUCUGUUUGCCCAACCUGUGAGGAGCUGGAAAUGAAAUCAUUUUGACAGCUAUAAAAGGUCAGUUGUAAAAACAGCAUGUUUGUUUUAGCUCAGUACCUUACCUACAGCAUCUGCUGUUCAUUGCCAUAUUAGUGCAGCCACGAAGGAAACAUCGAUUCCUGAGUGCAGAAGAACCCCGACGGCACCGGGGAGCAGGAUGGGCCCAGGAGCAGGAUGCUGAGCCCAGGAGCAGGAUGCUGAGCCCAGGAGCAGGAUGCUGAGCCCAGGAGCAGGAUGGGCCCAGGAGCAGGAUGCUGAGCCCAGGAGCAGGAUGCUGAGCCCAGGAGCAGGAUGCUGAGCCCAGGAGCAGGAUGGGCCCAGGAGCAAGAUGGUGAGCCCAGGAGCAAGAUGGUGAGCCCAGGAGCAGGAUGGUGAGCCCAGGAGCCCACAUCUUACCAGGGCACCAGGGAAACUCUAUCCUCCAGCUGCAGGAACAGAUCCAGAGAGCAUUUUACAGAACUGCUGGGAAUGCUUUGAAGACAUCUGCAACAAGGAGGGCAUAAUAAGAAAGGCAAGCUGGAGGCUCUUAACAGGAACCUUUAGUGCUGUGAAUGGUACAGGGAGGAAUUCACUGAUGGCAAACUCUGGUACUGGCAAUGAUUGAUCAGCCUCUCCCUCAGAGGAAACCCGACCUCCCCUGUGCCUGCCAGGCCUGGCAGAACAUCACCCGAGAUUCACUGCCUGUGCCAGGGCUCACGGACGCACGGGGUACGCACGGGGUGUUUGGGGGCAUCGGCCUCCCUGCUGACCUCACCAACACAGGGCACUCCUCGAGAGAAUGAAGGUCUGCUGGUGCCUGGAUAUUGCUUUAAAUACAUGGGUGACUCUUCAGUAUCAGGAUUUUUUUCCAUCCCACAGUAACAAAUGUGAAUUAUUUGGCGCAUCCCCAAAAUAACAAUUUCUCAUGUCAACCAAACUUCAUACAUUGCUACCAUCUGUUAUUCUUACACACUUCUAUUUAUGAGAAUACUUGCACACAUUUCAGAAAUGGGAAAUCUUUGUAAAGUUUUAUUUUAUUAACAAGUUGGUGAUUUUAUUACCACGUUGGACUUUAUCACCAAAUUGGGAAAGGUUAAUAACUUCUCAAAUAGAAAAGCUAUCAACAAGUUAGGUUUGUGCUCACAAAUGUGCUGGCCUUUGAAACAGUGAUGCAGAUGUCUUUCCCACAGAAAUAUGCCUGUAUAUUAAAAAAAGAAAAAAAAUCCCACGAUCUACAAUCCAGGGUUGGGCUACAACUCCAGCAUCUGGCAGCGAGUCAAAAAUGUUCAGCUUUACUCAUUUAAAGGAUAUUUCCACUGCCCUCAUUACCACUGACCUUUUGCUAACACAGAGCACUGACCUGAGCUAGGGUUGAAUAAUCCCCUGCCACAGAAAACUGCUGCUGCAAAGCCAAGGAAUAUUUGAGAUACCUGAGGUAACAAAAAGAUAACCAAUGGCACAUGUAUUCUUUCCAGGCAUGGUUUAUUGAAAACACACCAAAUUGUUAUCCUACAUACCUGGUUUCUAACAAGCAUUCUACUUGUCUGCAUUAUGGAAAGAUCCUAUAAUAAUAAUACAUUCUGUCACGGUAACAUUUGUUCUAUGAAAAGCAUAAUCCACCUUUUUUUCCUCUUCAUACUUGUAAAAUCAAACCAUUCUAGGUGUUUCAGUUUAUAGUACAGUGUAAAUACAAUGCAAAAUCCCACCAGUCUAAACUACAGAGAGAAUGUUGAGCAGUAUUACAGAAAACACAUUGUUGAUUUUUUUUUUUAAUUCUCCUACCAUGAAAAUUUUAAGGCACAUGAUAGUUACAAACACAUUAGCUACUAAUUACCAGUAAGCUUCUUAGUCUAGUUAUUUUGUUUCUCUGAACAGUAAGAACCAGAUUGGCAGGCCUUGUUAUAUCCUCACUAUCUUCCUCCUCACCUUGGACUUCACAUCAUCCUACCCUGAUGUCAAACCUAAGA